AUGCAAGAUAACAAAUUUUUAGAUAAAGACUUUGUUAAAUCUGAGUACAAUAAACUACUUGACCAUUAUUUUAGCUCUAGUGCAUAUGCCCGCAACAAAAAUAACUUGCUAUAUGAGUAUACAAAAUCAAAUGAAAGUAUAAAUGAAGCUAAAAAGUCCUUGCGAGAGUCAUCUCUAAAUUAUGGUUUUGGUGAAUGUAUAGAUUAUGCUGCACAAAAGUUUAACAAUGUAAAGGACAAAGAGAAGAAGGAAAAAUAUUUAGAUAUAAUAAGAGUGCUGGCUGUUAAUGGAGCACAUUCAGAAUCGUUAAUCAACAUUUUUGAUAGUAAAGAGUUAAAGAAAAUAGCCUCACAAUCAAUCUUUACAACCGCAAGAAGCGCGUACCAGGUAUUGUUUGAUUUUGAUAGCAGUGUUGAAUCCAAGUUUAUGUCUAAUAUUGUUGNUAAUUUUUGUUAUCAUUACUUACUUAUACGCAUGAGGCAAAAAUGCAAACAAAUGACAAGAAAGGAAUAGAACUUCUUGAUGAAAAUGGGAAGGCAAAGCAUUUAAGUUCCACGGAAAGAAAGGCAGUAAUAGAUGUAGCUAUUGAUGAGUGUGAUCCGAAAUUAGUGCAACUUUUAUUAGGGGCAAAGUAUUGCAUGCUCUGGCAGUACUGGCUCAUUCGUGCAAUUUUUAACUUUGACAUGCUCUUUUUGUCUAAAAUGACUAAAUGUGAACUUCCCCUUGAUAUUGCUAAUAAACAGCUGGAAUACCUUAGUGACAAGAAGCACAUUGACAUUAAAGAAUUAAAUAAUAUUCAAGAGAAUUAUAAAAGGGAAUACUACAAAAGGUGGAGGAGUUUUAUGGAAAUGAUAGAUUAUUACAAAUAAAACGUGAUACAGGUGGAGGAAUACAAUUGGAAAGUACUGCUAGGAAGUCAUUGGUAGAAUCUACAGUAGCACAACAAUUAGCGGGUACUAGUCUGCAGUGUUACCGUGAUAAUAAUGAAGGUUGUGAUGUUUCUGACAGCAUUGAAGCAGCUGUGAAUGCUGAUUUUUCUCAAGAAUGUAAGUCAAUGAUGAAAGAAACAAUCAAUGAAUUUAAACAAAUAACUCAAAGUACCGAUGAUGUAUGUGAUUUACAAAAUGCUCUACGCGAUAAAGUAGUAAAGUUAGAAAGUAUGGAAAAAUCUCUUUCCUUAAAAAUUGAUAAAGUUAAUGAAGGGAUUAUAAAAAAGAUGCAAGAUAAUAAAUUUUUAGAUAAAGAUUUUGUUAAAUCUGAGUGUAAUAAGUUAAUUGACUAUUAUUUUAGAUCUAGUGCAUAUGCCCGCAACAAAAAUAACUUACUAUACAAGUAUACAAAAUCAAAUAAAAGUAUAAAUGAAGCUAAAAAGUCCUUGCGAGAGUCAUCUCUAAAUUAUGGUUGCGGUGAAUGUAUAGAUUAUGCUGCACAAAAGUUUAAAAAUGUAAAGGACAAAGAGAAGAAGGAAAAAUAUUUAGAUAUAAUAAGAGUGCUGGCUGUUAAUGGAGUACAUUCAGAAUCGUUAAUCAACAUUUUUGAUAGUGAAGAGUUGAAGAAGAUAGCCUCACAAUCAAUCUUUACAACCGCAAGAAGGGCAUAUCAGGUGUUGUUUGAUUUUGAUAAUAGAAGUGAUGAAUUUAAGUUCAUGUCUAAUAUUGUUGGUGAAGAUGGGAAGUUUGCUGAUCCUCGGAGUCAGAAUGUGCGUAUUUUAGAAUCUAGUGGCUCCCCGAUUGUAAAAACUAUACUAGGUAACUUAAAAAAGGUAGAAAAGGAAUUACAAGAAAAAAGAGAAAGUGGGAAGGCAAAUCGUAGAGUUGGUAUUUUCAGUGAUAUAGGGUAUUAUCUAUUAGAUUUCUUAAAUGAAAAGGUUUUAGCAAACAAACUUGAUCCACAGUCUAAGGAACAACACAUAAAAACGUAUACUGUGUUAUACGAAACAUUGGAAAUAAGUUACUUAGCCAUGGCAACGGGUGAUGAUAGGGUAAUCGUUGAUUAUGGCAAGGAGUUAAAAAGUAAGAUAAAGAACGAAUCUAAUAAAGAUAUAGUGGAAGUGUAUAGUGUUCUAUAUUCAUUAUUUGAGGAGUAUAGGGCAGUAAAGGGAAAAGAAGAUCCGACUAGCGACAUUGCAAGAUGGCAAAGAUUCUGGUAUCAUUUUCAAGAUAUAUUUCGUCCAUAUAACGAUAAUGUACGUGAGGAUAAAGCAAUAAAGGCUUUACGUAUUGCUAUGUAUGCUACAGAGAUUGUAUCCGAAGAAUAUGAAGAACAGCAAAGACAGCGUUUUACCAAGGAAUUUCGUAAUAUAGAUGUAAAAUUUUUACCAAGUAAUUGUUUAAUUAACUGGUUGGGGGCAACUUAUGAAGGAAUACAAAAAAGUGAACAGGAACAGACUGCACAAAAAGAUAAAAAAAUAGCACAGGAAAGCCACAGGGCUGAGCAGGAGUCUCAAAGGGCUGAACUAACUGAAAAGAUAAGUCAGAUAUUUACAGAAGUGAUGUUGGAUUCUAAUAUGGAAAGAGAAUUAAGAAAAACAGUAUCAAAAAGUCAAGUCAGUAUUGUAAGAACAGUAGUAAAGGAUGUAAUGGAACACAACUCAUCACCGGAACAAAUACUAAAUGAAAUGAUGGGGGAAAUAAAGAGAAAUAAGGAGAAAAUAUUAAGUACAGAAGAUGCAACAGCAGCAAUAGUUGAAGCAAUUGAAUCUGCAAUAAUGAGUUUGAAUAGUCAGGGCACCUCGGUGAGCAAUGUAAAUAUAAGUCAAGGUGCUGCAAUAGGGAGAAAUUAAGUUAUGCAACAAAAAAGCAUUGUUGAUUUUUUAUUAAGCCAUAGAAGGUAUCAAGUGCUGUGGUGGGAGUUUGGCACUACUAUACUUGAGUACUUAUGUAAACAAAAAAGUUUUAAUGCUAAAGAGCUAUUAGAAAAACAUAAAAAUAAUAUUGCGUUGGAAAAAGAGAGUUUAGAGUUACUUGCAGCACUUGGUGAAAUCAAAGCUUACUGGUGGUGGCCGUGGAGCGCUAAAGUUAAAGAAAUUGUUUUAAGUGAAAGUCAAAAGGAAAGAGCAGAAAAGUAUCCAAGCUAUUUUUUCUUACAUCGGGUAGUGUUAGUGAUGUUUACCUCAGUGCUUACCCAUCGUAUUGUGUUUUUUCAACAAAGUGGAGGCUAUAUGAAUAGAAAUCAACAAUUUAAUAAUUCUGAAGAAUCGUCAGCAGUACAAAUAGGACAACAGCUACCAGAAGCUUCAGGUAGUUUAACAGCUCAAGAUCAAUUAAGUAUUCAACACCUGAAUUUUCUUGGAUCCGCAAUGGUUUAUAAUGUGGAGUUGGAAUGGGCAUUGCAUUUAAUGGGAUUUUCUUCGCAGACUUUAAGUAACUUGGAUGAAAGCCUAGCUCAGGUUAGAAGUGCAGGUUAUAGUAAAGAAGCAAUGGCACAAUAUGCCUUAUCUUUUAAAGAAAUAUUUAGCAAGAAGUACAAAGAAUUAGCAUGUAAGGUUCAUCCAGACAAGCAAAACACACAAAACUCAUCAGACAUAAAAGAUGAAAAAAUGAAAGACCUGGUCAGCAUGAAUGAAGUCAUGAACGGGUUGUAUGAAGCGUCAAAAGAGAUAAAAAAUAGUUUUAGGUACGGAAUGUUUGCUAAAAUAGCAUUUAACUUUUUGCACAAAAAUAUAGAUAAAUGUACAAGUUAUAUAAAUAAAGACGUAGUAGCAGAAUUGAGAAAUAUAACAAUUUGGCGGCAAUCUGAUUUACUUUACUGUCGCAAUGAGUUUUUAAAAAAUGCACAAGAACUUUUUGCAGAGCAUAAAACUAACCUGCCAAAGAUGAAACAAAAUUUUGAGAAAUUAAUCGAUAAUUACACUGAUCGUUAUAAGAAACUCUGGCUUGAUAAUUUGAGAGAUCUAAAACACAGGUGUGAUAAAGAUAAAAAUUUAAACAUUAUCGAAGAUGAAGUGCAAGAGCUGUUAAAAGAAGGUUCAAGACAACUCCUAUUGUUAAUUAAACCUUCAAAAGGGGCAGAUGAUGCUAUGUUACUAAUUAAUAAAUUCAAAUUUAAGAAAGAGGAGAAACAAGCACUUAUAGCAGAAUUGGAAAAAUCGGAUCAAGUAAUCCCAGAUAAGUGCUUUAUCUUGCCAAUGAUGGUAUAUAAAGAUGUUAUGAAGCAAUUAUUCAAGAGCUAUUAUGCAGGAAAUAUGCCUUUACAUGAUAUAGCGCAUUUCACAGAUGUAUUUAAAGAAAAUGCUGUAACAUCGGAAAGUCAAGAGUUUCAUGUUAAACAAUAUAUAGAAGCAUGUUCAUUUAGUGAGUUACAAAAAUGGAUUAAUUUACUCAAAGAAGAAGACAUUUUACAUAAAUUUACAAAAAAUCACCAUCCGCUUAGAGAAUUUAUAGAUAGUGUUGAGUAUCAGACAAAAAGCAAGUGUAAGUGGCCGAGAAAAGCAACAAGAGAAGAAAUGAAGCGAGUAAUAUUGAUACAGAUUUUGGAUAGGUAUAUUGUGUGCUUGAAGGAAGAAUUUACAAAAGAGAAAACGUGGUUUAAAAGGAUGGAAGAAGAAAUACAACAAAUACAAGAAGGUAUACAAGAAAAAGAUAAAAAAAUAGCACAGGAAAGCCACAGGGCUGAGCAGGAGUCUCAAAGGGCUGAACUAACUGAAAAGAUAAGUCAGAUAUUUACAGAAGUGAUGUUGGAUUCUGAUAUGGAAAGAGAAUUAAGGAAAACAGCAUCAAAAAGUCAAGUCAGUAUUGUAAGAGCAGUAGUAAAGGAUGUAAUGGAGCGCAACUCAUCACCGGAACUGCUGUUAAAUGAAGUGAUGGGGGAAAUAGGAAGAAAUAAAGCGCAAAUAUUGAAUGCAGAAAAUGCAACCGAAGCAAUCAAUGCUGCAAUUGAGUCUGCAAUUAUGAGCUUUAAUAGUCAGGGUACUUCAAUGAACAAUGUAAAUAUCAGUCAAGCUGGAACAGGACUCAGUCUAUGA